GGAGAAUGUUUCUUAUCUUGAAAUUUUGUCGUAAAAAUUAGUAUUUCUCGUGAAACGGGCAUCGAAAGUCAAUAUUGUGAGCCACAAAAGAAUUCGAUGAGGACAAAGAAAAGAAAAUAUAAUUUUCUCCGCGGCUCCUCGGGACUUCACGGUUCUGAUUUUCAAAUCAAACUGCUCACUUUGUGCCUCCUGAGAGGUUUGCACAAAGGCACCGAAUUCGAGCUGUCUUCUGAAAAUCAGUCUGAUGCUGGCGCUUUUGACGACAUCGUUUACGAAGAGCUCGGAAUGGGAGCGAUCCUGAUGCAGGCCAAGCACAAGGAAGACAAAAAAUCGAAAAUCAGAAUCAGCGAUCUGUUUGAUUCAAAAAGCUCGGAGUUUCAACUUGGUCAAUAUGUGAAAUCAUUUUGCAAUAUUAAGGGAUUUCAAGAAUUGUUUCGAGUACGUUUAUUGACUAAUAUUAGUAUGUGCAGCGGAAUGGAAACCGAUGAUCAUCUCACGUCUGUUCAUAUAGACGAUGGAGAUAUUCUCCACUGCACGCAAUCAGUCCAAGCCUUUGCACUGACUGAAACUUCUCGGAAUAGAUUGAGAAAUAGUAUUACUGAUAUUCCCGGAGACAAGCUGACGGAGUUUUUGGCAAAAUUUCAGUUGAUUUGCAUUCAAGACACUGUUCUCGAACAAGAAAUCCAACAGGUUUUGAGCCAUUUACAGUUAUUUGGUGAUAGUUUUGAAAUAGGAGCCACAGUCGAUUAUAUACAAAAGAAAAUUAAACAAUGGUACAUGAGGGGAUCAGGGGAAUACUUGGAUAUAACCGACGCCAAGACCUACUUGUGCUUAUGGCGGAGUCUCAAUUACGCCCAGACUUUCAACGAAUUUAACAUUUCUUUCAGGCGAAGAUGUAUUAAUCCGGGAAAACGAUUAGUUUAUCUCGUAAACAGCAAUUCUUAUAUACUGGGCUUGAUCAAAGUGUAUCGAGAGUACUUCGAAGAAUGCAAGAGGAAGGAUGCCAUAAUAAUUGUAAAUCAGAAAGACAGUCUAUCGAUUCAAAGAGAAAUGGUCGAGGCCUUUGCAAAUCCAGAGUGUCUUUUUUUAAUCAUACCCUUAUUUGGGGAUAAACGGUACGCAGAUCUUCGCAUAAAUGAGCUUUUAGAACAAAUAUCUGACAAGACAUAUAAAACGGUGGUACUUUUUUCUGAUAAAAAAGAUGUUUCAAAAAACAUUCCAAAUGCUCAAAUUGUCGAAUUGAGAAUUUGUUUUGACGACCUGGAAGAGAGUUGCCAGAAAGCAUUUCUCGGAGCAGCGGUAGAUUUUCAAGGGAAGAACGUUAGUUUGAGAGACGUUCUCGAAUCAGGAGACGAUUCUCAUGAAAUUUUCGAUGAGGAAACGCUGUUGAAGCUUUCGAAGGGCGAGAAACUCAAAAUUGAAAAAUUACACGAUGACGAAGGUAUCGGAAACAUCUACAUCAAUCGGGAGUUUGUUAGAAACGAAAAGAAAUACUCGGAGAAAGAUUUAUGCGAUUUAAUAGUGUCGGACAUUGAUGAGAAAUUCAUUUUGAUCUCGGACGGGGCCGGCAUGGGAAAAACAACGGUAUUGACCAAAAUAACUGAAAUACUACAAGGCUCUCAGUAUCGACAUCGUUGGAUAAUUCGUUUGGAUUGGAACAGAUACGCGAAUUUGCUUCGAAAACUCAGACAGGUCGGUAAGGAAUCGAUCCAAGUGGAAGACAUACUCGGCACUACUACUUCAGCGCUUGUAAGUAAUUUUCAGAAGAAGCUCUUCGAUCUACCCUACAAAGUCGUGUUGAUAACAGAUGCCGUAGACGAAGUCAACUCCUCCUACACCCAAAUGAUCUUGAAGUUUUUGGAAAAUUGCUUCGCCAGAAUAAAUAUAUCGAAAAUCAUAGUGACGACGAGACCGCAGUUGGAAAACUUGUUAGAAGAGAAACUGAAUGUGAGCUCUUUCAAACUGGAGCUGUUUUCCCCUGAAGAUCAAAUACAUUUUCUCACCAAGUAUUGGAGAACAAACCUCGGUCUAGACAAAAGCGACAGUUCCAGAUGUGAACUGUACGCGAGACGUUUGAUGGCGAAGCUGAACUGCUCGAUCGGACACGCUUCGUGGAGCUUCAUCGGAAUCCCCCUCCAAACCAAAAUGAUCGGGGACAUCUUCCAACAGGGCGGCCGACAGGGGAUUUUUAAAUGGCAGGGGUGUCGCGAGUUUUUAAAAUCGCAAUCGGCCGACGUGGAGCUAACAGAGGACAUUAACGUCUCCAAAUUGUAUCAGAUGUUCGUUGCAAAAAAAGGUGAAAUUUACAUCGACAAAAAAUGCAACGACAUCGGCACCGUCGAAGAAAUCGUGAACGAGCACUACCAUCGAUCGCUGCAAGUCCACAAAAAGAUAGCUCUUCAGACAAUUAUAGAUCCCGAAAGGUGUCAGCUAUUCGCAGUGUAUCGAGACGCGAAUGCGCCCGAUGAAGACACUCUUCAAGCCAUGGGCAUCGUUCACAAAAUUGAUGGUUCUUGGAUCUUCACGCAUCAGACCUUUGCUGAAUACUUCAUGGCGAGCUGUCUCUGGGACGAACUGGACUCUGGAAACUACAAUUGGCAAUUCCUGCAUUUCCUUCUGGGACACGUGUUCGUGCCUACAGAAUUUUCAGUGGUGAGAUCCUUCUUCGAGAAUCAUCUGGCGAAUGAGCAGGUGUCGAAAGAUAUUCUGGAAGCGUGCGGCUCGGCUGUAGGUCAGAUUCCUUGGAAUGAGAGCAAAAACAUCGUGAGAUUGGCAGAAGAAGGUCGAAUCAAUACUCUGGAGCUGAUUCUCGAAAAGAGCAGCAACCACAGCUACUUGCUACAGAUAGAAGACGUCUCGGGCGUCACGGCAUUGCACGCGGCCUCGAAAUUUUUGCUGGUGACGGAGUAUUUGGUAGAAAAGGGAGCGGACGUCAACAAGAAAACUUCCGCGGGGCAGUCGGUGCUACACGACGCCGUCCUCCAGAACAGCGUCGACGUCGUCACUUUUUUAAUGGCGAAAGGCGCUGAAAUUGACGCCAAACUUCGGGACGGAAUGACGCCUUUGCAUUUGGCUGCGGAAAAAGACUCGGGUGACGUAGCGCAGCUUUUGAUUCAUUCCAAUACUGACAAGGAGGCGAGAGAACAGAACCAGAAGACUCCCCUGCACGUGGCUGCAGAAAAUAACUCGAUACGUGUAGCCGAACUGCUGAUCGAUGGAGGUGCGGAUGUCGCAGCCAGAACUAGGAACGGACGAACAGCUAUGGACCUCGCUCUCUUCAAUAAAAGUUCCAAAAUAGUCAAAUUACUCAAAGAUCGUACUAGAUAAUUAACUUAGUGUAUUGGUUUUUU